GCGGCAGCGAUGGCGGCGCACCUGAGCUCCGGGCGCGUGAACCUGACGGCGCUGCGCGAGGCCGGGCGGCGCGAGCUGCGCGAGUUCCUGGACAAGUGCGCGGGCUCCAAGGCCAUCGUGUGGGACGAGUACCUGACCGGGCCGUUCGGGCUGAUCGCGCAGUACUCGCUGCUGAAGGAACACGAGGUGGAAAAGAUGUUCACGCUGAAGCCGGGCCGCCUGCCCCAGGCCGACGUCAAGAACAUCAUCUUCUUCGUUCGGCCCAAGCUGGAGCUGAUGGACAUCAUCACGGACAACGUCCUGAGGGAGGACAGAGGCCGCUCUCCCCAGAGGGACUUCCACAUCCUGUUCGUGCCGCGCCGCAGCCUGCUCUGUGAGCAGUGGCUGAAGGAGCAGGGUGUGCUGGGCUCCUUCAUCCACCGAGAGCAGUACAGCCUGGACCUCAUCCCCUUCGAUGGAGAUCUGCUGUCCAUGGAGUCUGAGAGCGCCUUCAAGGAGUGUUACCUGGAGAGUGACCAGACAAGCCUGUACCACGCAGCCAAGGGGCUGAUGACGCUGCAGGCUCUCUACGGAACCAUCCCGCAGAUCUUUGGCAAGGGCGAGUGUGCCAGGCACGUGGCCAACAUGAUGAUGAGGAUGAAGCGCGAGUUCCCCGGCAGCCAGAACUCCAUCUUCCCCGUGUUUGACACCCUCCUGCUGCUGGACCGCAACGUGGACCUGCUGACGCCACUGGCAACGCAGCUGACCUACGAGGGGCUGAUAGAUGAGAUCUAUGGCAUCCAGAACACUUAUGUGAAACUCCCUCCUGAGAAGUUUGUCCCGAAGAAGCAGGGUGAGGGUGCGAAGGAUCUCCCCACAGAACCCAAGAAGCUCCAGUUGAACUCUGCUGAGGAGCUGUACGCUGAAAUCCGAGACAAGAACUUCAAUGCUGUGGGGUCAGUGCUGAGCAAGAAAGCCAAGAUCAUCUCAGCAGCCUUUGAGGAAAGACACCACGCGAAAACGGUCGGGGAGAUCAAACAGUUUGUCUCGCAGUUGCCCCACAUGCAGGCAGCAAGAAGUUCUCUAGCAAACCACACCUCCAUUGCAGAGCUCAUCAAAGACAUCACCACAUCUGAAGAUUUCUUUGAUAAUUUAACAGUGGAACAAGAGUUCAUGUCUGGAAUAGACACAGAUAAGGUCAACAAUUACAUUGAAGACUGCAUAGCUCAGAAACAUCCAUUAAUCAAGAUCUUGCGUCUCGUUUGCUUGCAAUCUGUGUGCAACAGUGGACUGAAGCAGAAGGUUCUGGACCAUUACAAGAGAGAGAUUAUCCAGACUUAUGGCUAUGAACAUAUAUUGACCUUAAACAACUUAGAAAAGGCUGGGCUCCUGAAACCUCAGACAGGUGGCAGGAACAACUACCCAACCAUCAGGAAAACCCUGCGCUUAUGGAUGGAUGAUGUUAACGAGCAGAACCCCAACGACAUCUCCUACGUGUACAGUGGCUACGCGCCGCUGAGCGUGCGCCUGGCUCAGCUGCUGGCUCGGCCAGGCUGGAGGAGCAUCGAGGAGGUGCUGAAGAUGCUGCCGGGCCCCCAUUUUGAGGAGAGGCAGCAGUUGCCCACUGGCCUUCAGAAAAAGCGUCAGCAGGGUGAGAACCGAGUCACCCUGGUGUUCUUCCUGGGAGGUGUGACCUAUGCAGAAAUAGCUGCCCUGAGAUUUCUGUCCCAAAUGGAAGAUGGAGGCACAGAAUAUGUCAUUGCCACUACAAAACUGAUCAAUGGAACAAGCUGGAUCAAAUCCUUGAUGGAAAAACUGGAGCCUGCCCCUUUCUAGGCUCUGUGGUGAGAGACGGGCUCAUCAGCUUCUGUCUUCUGGCACGGCUGCUUGGAUGUCAGAGAAACACAACACUGAAAGAAGCUCUCCUGAGACAGCUCCUGCUGUGGUUACCUUCAUCCUGCUCUGCAUUUGUGUUCCUGCUGAUGGUGGGACUUCCUGGUAGCCAAGCAGUGCUGAAAGACUACCCCUGAAACAAACUCUGGGAGAAAGAGAUGCUCAUGGUCUGAAUUGGCAAACAAAGCAGUGAGGCUAUGGAUCAGCCCUGGGCCAUCUGGUUAGCAAACUGCUGCUUUUUUGAGGUUAGUUGUAGGGGGGGAUGUGAUUACUUUUUACCCUCCCAUGGUGCUGAGCAGGCAGGAUGUUUUCUGUUCCUCAUUUCAUACCAAUCUUCCCAGUCUGUUUUUCUGAUGCCUGAUGUGUUCCAUCACUGCACUGGAUCUGUGCUUGCACAGGGGAAACUGCUGUGAAGGGGAAUCAGCAAAGGGUUUUUUUUUUGCUGCACUGGAUUAGAAGCUUCACCCAAGUUAUGAGGGAGAUACUUGAGCCUUUUACUUCAAUUAUCCUCUGAAGGGAUGGGUGUGAGGUGGCUUAUUUGUCCUGGGUAUACCCACCUGAGUCUGGAAAGCUACUCCACAGUAUGAAUUGCAUCAGCGUGGCAGGAGCUGAUGGUUGAAGGCACACAGCCACUCCUUGCAUGGCCCUCGGGCCAAAAAUAGCUCCUGCAGUGACCCAGUAAACAGGGGCUUUACAACAGACACUUUUUCCACACCCCCUCCCCACCCCCCCUUGUUCAGUUUAUAAAUUGUGGUGCUUGGUGCCACAAACCGGUGUAGAGCUCAGAAUUACAACAUGGAAUUUUCCAUGGUUGUGAUGGCUGGGGCUGUGGUGCUGCUGAGCUGUUGUGUGAAGGGGCAGCUUCGGGCUCCAGAAGAUGCAGGAUUGGUAAUGGCCAGAGGCUGGGACAGCAGAGGAGGGUCUCUGCUGCUGCACCUCAGCCCCUUCCCUGGGCACUGGCAAUAGACUCACUUGCUUGAAAAGCAAACAGGCUGGGGGAACAGUUUCUCACUGCAUUUCACUCAUAGUUAAAAACAACUGACAAGAUACCCCACUUCACACUUUGGCUUCACUCUCUUAGCAAAGAGACUUUCUGCUCUUAGUAACUCUGCAGAAUGCAAACUGUGUGUUGUGUCAUCUCCCCUCACUCCACCUCCCCCCCCAAAAAAAAAAACCCUUCACUUUUUGAAGUUGUUCCACUUGUGAGUGGGGGUUUUGGACUCUUCUUUUCUUUUGCAAGACUCAGUCCUGCCAAGUCACCCCAUUUCCAGAGCCCCUCUGGCUGUUUAACUCCAGUUGGCUUCUCAGAAUAAAAUAAACAUGUAUUUGAGCUCUU